AUGGACAGGAGUUGGAUGUUAAUUUCUGAUAGAUUCAGUCAGCCAUAUGUAGAUGGGUUGAACUCAUUUUUUGAAUUUGCAAAGGUUCAUUUGGGUGAGGCUAGGGAGAUUAAGUGCCCAUGCAUCAAUUGUUGUAACUUUUAUAAGCCGAAGUAUGAUAUUGUGAAGGCUCAUUUGCUCAUAAGUGGGAUGAUAGUAUCAUACACCACUUGGUUAGAACAUGGUGAACUUCCAGAACACAAUAACCUUGAUGAAAGCAAUGGGGAGAAUAACGAGGAUAAAAAUGAAUAUGAUGAACUGAUAGAGGACUAUCAACGGGGGAAUUUUAUGGAGGGUGAUACUCUAGAAAGAGAGGAUGUACGACACUUUGAUAAAUUGUUAGAUGCUUCCCAAUGUUGCUUGUACCCAGGUUGCAAAAACUCGGAUACUUUGUUAUCAUUCGUUAUUCAGAUGCUACAUGUGAAGGUAGAAAAUAGGUGGAGCAAUAAGUCUUUUGACAAGGUUUUGGAGAUACAAAGGCGAUUCCUACCAGAAGGCCACGUGGUGCCAGGGUCAAUUUACGUGUGCCAGAAGUUGCUACGUGACUUGGGCUUGGGGUACGAGCCCAUCGAUGCAUGUAAACAUGAUUGUGUACUAUUCUGGAAGGAGAAUGCUCACUUGGGAAAAUGUCCCACAUGUCAAGCAUCUAGGUACAGAGUAAAUGAUAGCAAGGGUAAGAAGAUCCCUCACAAGAUAUUGCGUUACUUCCCAUUGACACCUAGGUUGAGAAGAUUGCACAUGUCUAGGAAGACCGCAAAAGACAUGAGAUGGCAUAGUGAUAACCGUGUGGAUGAUGGUGUAAGGAGGCAUCCGGCUGAUUGUAAAGAGUGGAAGGAAUUUGAUUUGCAUUAUCCAGAGUUUGCCCAGGAGAUUCGCAAUGUUAGGUUGGGCCUAGCCACCGAUGGGUUCAAUUCUUUUGGGAACAUGAGCACUUCCUAUAGCAUGUGGCCUGUCAUACUCAUGCCCUAUAACCUCCCACCUUGGAGAUGUAUGAAGGCCCCAUUUUUCAUGAUGUCCUUACUUAUUCCUGGACAUAAUCAACCAGGGACUGAUAUUGAUGUCUACCUAAGGCCGUUGAUUGAUGAGUUGAAGGAGUUGUGGGAGAAUGGCAUGAUGACUUACAAUGCCUCCAUUGAACAGACCUUCCGGAUGCAUGCAGCUGUAAUGUGGACCAUAAAUGACUUCCCUACAUAUGGUGACUUAUCCAGAUGGAGAACUACAGGUUAUUUGUCUUGCCCUCCUUGUAAUGAUAAUCCGUUGUCACGCGGGUUGAUCAGUAAGAUUGGGUGGGUGGGUCAACGAGCUUACUUGCCUGAUAACCACCUUUGGAGGAAAGACAAGAAGUUUAAUGGUUUAACUGAGCUUAGAAAGAAAUCCUUGGAUUUACCGGUGGAAAAAAAUAAUGGCUCAAUUGGAUCAAUUGCGGGAAGUCAAGUUUGGAAAGGAUCCUACCAACAAGAAAAGACCAAGAGAGUCUGA